AUGAAGUCCUCAAUGGUCUCGUUCUUCCUCUUCGCGCUUGGCCUUGCCAGCGCUGCCACCCUCGCACCCCGCCAGCGUAGCGAGCGAGUGGAUUACACCAACUUCAAGGGGCUGCGCGUGACCCUCGCCGAGCACUCUCAGGAGCUCGAGGACAAGAUCGCCGACCUGUCCGCCCACAUCCUGAACCCGGGCUCGCAGACCACCCUCGACAUCGUCGUCAGCCCGGGCAACGUUGAUGCAAUCCGCGCCCUCGUCAACUCGACCGAAGUCGUUGUUGAAAACAUGGGUGAAGCGCUUCGCGAGGAGGGUGAGAUUGAAGAUCAGAUGCAGCUGUUUGACGAUGGCACUUCGACCGUCGCCGCUGUGCCUCCUGAGUCGUGGUUUACUGCCUACCACAGCUACAACGACCACCUCCAGUUCCUCCGUGAUCUGCAGGGCGCCUUCCCCGGUCAGUCCGAGCUCGUCACGGCCGGAGCUUCGGCGGCUGGACGCAGCAUCCAGGGUAUCCACAUCUGGGGUUCCGGAGGCAAGGGCUCCAAGCCGGCUGUGCUCUUCCACGGUACAGUCCACGCUCGUGAAUGGAUCAGCACCAUGACCACCGAGUACAUGGCCUGGAACCUCCUGACCAAGUACUCAUCCGACGCGUCGAUUCGUGCGCUCGUCGACAAGUUCGACUUCUACAUCAUGCCCAUUGUGAACCCAGACGGCUUCGUUUACACGCAGACAAACGACCGCCUGUGGCGCAAGAACCGCCAGUCGCGCAGCGGUCAAUCGUGCGUCGGCACCGACAACAACCGCAACUGGCCCUACGGCUGGGCCAAGACUGGCGGCGCCUCCACCAGCCCCUGUGCCGAGACUUACAAGGGCCUCGCAGCCGGCGACACUCCUGAGAACAGGGGUCUGGUCUCUCAGGUCAACGCCCUGAGUAGCGGAAACGGCAUCAGACUGUACAUUGACUUCCACAGCUACGGACAGUACAUCCUCUGGCCCUACGGAGAUGACUGCCAGCGCGUCGACCCCGCCGAGACCAGGUGGCAAGCGCUCGCCACCAGCGCACGCGACGCAAUCCGCGCCGUUUCGGGCACUUCCUACACCAUUGGCAACUCUUGCCGCGCUCUCUACAUGACCACUGGCGACAGCACGGGCUACCUGGCAGGCACUGCUGGCGCCACAUACUCCUACACCUACGAGCUCCGCCCACGCUCCGGCAGCGGCACCAGCGGCUUUGUUCUGGCCGCCUCCCAGAUCCAGCCCACCGUCAGGGAGACGUUUGAGGGAGUCAAGAUCAUGCUGCAGGGCGCUUAA